AUGAAUGUUCUUUCUUUGAAUAUUCGUGGGUUAGGGAAUCCGGGUAAAGCAGAUUGGGUUCGAGGUUUACGCGUUCAUCACGAGGUGAGUUUUAUUAUGAUUCAAGAAACGCAAUUUGUGGAUUUGGAUUCGGUGGAUGUUGGGCGUUUUUGGGGUAGAGGGGAUUUUUGUUUUGAUUGGGUAGCUUCAGCUGGUAGAUCGGGAGGUUUGCUUUCGUUAUGGGAUCCAAAAGUUUUUGCAAUGAGGGAGGUGUCCAAAUUUUCCAACUGUUUACUUGUUUCGGGUAAUAUUAAAGGUAGUGGGGUUUCGAACCAUAUGCUCAAUGUGUACGCUCCUCAAAACGUGGUGGCUAAGCGGGGGUUGUGGGCGGAGAUCGGUGAGUUAAUUGGAGAUGGAGACGUGUUAUGGAUGGUGGCAGGGGAUUUUAAUUCGGUUAGAAGUGAAGGUGAAAGGCGAAACUCUAUUUUUAAUGCGUCGGAGGCUAAUGAGUUUAAUGACUUCAUAGACAAUACGAAUCUUCAUGAGUACUCGUUGAAAGGGAGGCGAUUUACUUUUGUGGUAGGAGAAAAAUUAAGCCGUAUUGAUCGUAUAUUUGUUAACUGGAACUUUUUCAUGGAAUGGCCGAGUGCGGAGUACGUAGCGCUUGAAAUGAAUAAGUCGGAUCACAGUCCUUUAGUGUUGAAGACCGUUUAUAGGAAUUUUGGACCUAAGCCGUUUAGGUUCUACAAUUCUUGGCUUGAUCGAGAGGAUUUUGGUGAAGUUGUAAGGAAGUCGAUUGGUGAGGGGCAUUAUGUGGGGCAUCCGGACACAAGGUUGACGGGGAAAUUCAAAAGUCUUCGUAAAGAUAUUUCGGUUUGGGUCGAUGAGUGCAAGAAAAAGGAAUUGGGUGAAAACUUUUAA